AUGAAUAAUAUCGGGGAAUCACGUAGUGAACUACUGAAUUGGCUAAACAAUAUACUAAAACUAAACUACAAAAAAAUCGAAGAAUGCGGUACAGGCGCAGCAUAUUGCCAGAUCAUGGAUUCAAUAUAUAACGAUGUCCCAAUGCAUCGUGUGAAAUUCAAUGCGACUGCUGAAUAUGACUAUCAAAUCAAUUAUAAGAUCCUUCAAAGUUGCUUCUCGAGGCAUCGUAUAGAGAAAACCAUAUAUGUGGAAAAAUUAAUGAAAUGUAGAUUUCAAGAUAAUUUAGAAUUUUUACAAUGGUCUAAGAAAUUUUGGCAACAAAAUAAAGAUUCCACUGAAUAUGAUCCAAACUCAAGAAGAAAAUAUAGACCGAAUCCAAGUGCUGGUAAUUCAAAUGGUCCAACAAGCAAUAUAACGAAAAGGAAGACGAGUGGAUUUGGACUAAAUAAUAAUAGUAGCACUUCGCUACAUGGCGGUCCAAUAGUAGCAUCUCGCUCUGCAUCAUUAGGUAUGAAUAGGCGCGUUUCUAAUGAGCAACUAAUAGUUUUACAAACCGAAUUAUCCCAAGCUCAAGGAUCAGUACAAAAGUUGAAAAAGGAGAUAGACACUUAUAAAGAAACUGUAACCAUAUUAGAAAGAGAAAGGUCGUUCUAUUUCGGGAAACUAAGAGAUAUUGAGGUCUUAGUUCAGUCCACUCAAGAUCUCAUCAAAGAAGGUGUAUAUAAAACAGAAACGUCAGAUCUGGAUAAAUUCCUCUCUAAAGUUCAACAGAUUUUAUAUGCUACGGAAGAAGGAUUUGAAGUAGUCGAUGAAGAUGAGAAAGGCAUAGCCGCUGAGGAGCAACAUAACUCGGGACAAAGUGAAAACGAUAUAGUUAAUGGUAGUAAUGAGCGAGUGGAAGUAUCAAACACAAAUUUGAUAAUAGAUGAAGAAACGUUCUAG